UCUCUCUUAUAAUUUUAAAAAUAUCAAACUUAAAUGUGGAUCUAACACCACUUGCCAGAUUUCUGUAGGAUGUUGGAGAACUCGCACGCGACGGGAAAUACCACUAAUUUUCCAAUUUGCAAAUUUCUACAAAUGCACUCAGUAUAUUGAGUUACUGAAUACUGAAUAUCGAAAGAGUAUCGUAAUGGUGAUAUCAAAAUCCAAAAUUUAUCGACUAUAAAAUAUCUGGUUAGAACAAUUUUUGCUCGACGAAAGGAACCUGCGGUACAAUGGAUACGUCGGAUAACCGGCGAACAUUUGAUUUGGUCGAUUCGAUCGUAUUCAUCGGGUUGCUGGGCGUCUCUGCCCUCGUAGGCGUCUAUCAGUAUUAUGCGUCCAGGAAAAAGGCGGACGCCGUGGGAGAAUACCUUGUAGGCGGCCAAAAGAUGUCUAUAUUUCCGAUAAGCAUGUCAUUGAUAGCAAGCUACGUGUCGGGCAUAGCAAUGUUGGGAUUGCCGGCCGAAAUGUACGUUUACGGCACGCAAUUAUGGUGUGCCGUGAUCGGGGAUAGUUUUGUAUCCCUCACAAUGGCGACCGUGUAUCUGCCGGUUUUCUACGGACUCCGAAUUACGUCUUCUUAUGAGUAUUUAGAGUUAAGAUUCAAUCGAGUGGUCAGACUCAUGGGAUCUUUUAUCUUCCUCAUCAAAAUGCUGCUUUACAUACCGAUGGUGAUAUACGUACCGGCGCUAGCCUUCAAUCAGGCGACCGGAAUGGAUCUAUAUACGAUCGCAUUACUAGUCUGUGCCGUGUGUAUCUUUUACACGACUUUGGGUGGCUUGAAGGCAGUCGUCUGGACGGACACUAUUCAGACGGCGAUGAUGUUCGGUGCCGUCAUCACUGUUGUUAUACUUGGCACCGUCAGAGCCGGUGGCAUAGCGGAGGUGUGGAAAAGAAAUGUCGACUCCGGGAGGAUUGAGUUCUUCAACAUGAAUCUGGAUCCUACGGUAAGGCACACUUUCUGGGGCGUGGUGGUUGGCAAUUAUUUGAAUUGGCUGGCCACGUGCUCGGUGAACCAAGCGAUGGUGCAGCGAUGCCUAGCGAUGCCAAACUUGAAGAAGUCCAAUGUGGCGAUUAUAAUAAUGGCCGUAGGCAUAGUCAGCAUUGUCUCGUUAUGUUGCUACACAGGAAUUGUCAUUUACGCGGCUUUUUAUGACUGCGACCCAGUUACGACAAAGCAAAUACGAAAGCCUGAUCAGCUGUUACCAUAUUUUGUGAUGGAAUUAUCAGAGGCGAUACCAGGUUUACCGGGAUUAUUUGUUUCUGGUGUAUUCAGCGCGGCGUUGAGCACAAUGUCGACGGGAUUAAAUUCCAUGUCUGGCGUAAUCUAUGAAGACAUGAUCAAGCCGUGUCUCCGUAAGCCGAUCUCUAACGUUGGCGCGAGUCGUAUAAUGAAAGCCAUAGUUGUGAUAAUAGGAGUCAUUUGCGUGAGUCUCGUAUUCAUGGUGGAAAAACUGAGUGGUUUGAUUCAGGCUGGUAAAAGUUUAUCAGGAAUAACUGCCGGGCCCUUACUUGGAAUGUUCACAUUGGGCAUGCUGUUCCCAAUGGCCAAUUCUAUGGGAGCACUCGUCGGUGCGGUGGUUAGUCUGAACUUAGUCGCUUGGAUCUCGUUCGGCACACAAGCAGCGAUCUCUGACGGAUCAAUUUAUUUCCCGGUAAAACCGGUAUCGGUACAUGGAUGCACCGAAUCGUUGAGGAGCACAGCUGGAAACCUCACGACAAUCGUCGAGACCGCUGUCAGGGAACAGCCUUUCUUCCUGUACAGAAUGUCUUAUCUCUGGUACACGUGGGUGGGUUUUCUAAUUACAAUUCUAGUGGGCCUGCUGGUCUCGUGGUUUACGGGCCCGUCUAAGUACAGUCGUGCGGAUAAGAAAUUAUUUACACCCAUUAUACACGGUUUUCUACGUUCGAGAGAUCCUCAAAAAGUGAAUGAGACUGAGCUCAAAAUGACAAACGAUAUGAACGAUAUAACGAUGCAAACUUCUUCAAAAUGUUAGCCAUUAUUCCUAUUUUAAUUCAAUUGCAGUUGAGCUAGGCAAAAUGUAUAUAAUCGUAUAUGUCAAAUUUGUAUUCAUAUAUUCGACUUAGUCCCAAUAUCUCAUAAAAUUAUAUUAUAAGUUACGACUCGUAAUCGUUUGACGACAUAGAUGAUGCCAUUGUAUUACGCGUAAUGAUUUAAACAUAGUGUAUCACCAUCGAUCAAUCACAAUAUAUAGGGGACUAACUUCAAUUUCGUUAUGCAUGCAUAAAUUAAUUCUAUGUAAAUCAUUCUCUCAGGCAGUGAUUCAAAGAUGUUGAUUCGGUUUUAUAUGCUAUGUAUUGUAUAUCGCCUAUUUCACGAAAUUUAAUUAGGCCAACGUAAUGUACAAAGAGAAGAAUGUUAAUCUAAUAUUUGCAUGUUUACUUGUAUAUUGAAGAAUAAUUUUUGCGUAAUCAAAUACCGACUUAUGACAUAAGAUUUUUAGGCAAUGGAUAACGCAUCUAUGUUGUAAAAUCUACCAAAAUAUUCGGCGUCUAAGCGUAAAUAUAAUGAUUAAUAUAAAUUAAGUCGAUUUACCUUUAUAGAUAAUCACACUUGCAUAUUUUAUAUAUAAUUAUAUAUUAUACAUACAUUAAUAUGUAUCUAGCACUAAAACCUCCUACACCAUAAUAUCUUGUUCAUACAAAACAUUUUUGAUUUAUAUAAAAAGGCUACUAAUCGGUAGUUUUCAAGUUUGAAUGAAUGAAAUCGAACCGAUUAUAAUUGGUAGAUUUCGCUGCAAGCGUCUAUACAUAUUUACAAUGAUUAUAACGUACUUGAUUUGCCAAUCUGACGAUAUACUUAUUACUAAUUUUCACAGCACAAUUCAUAUUUAUAUUGUAUGUAACAAUACAGAUAGCAAUCUAGUAUGAUGUACCAUUUCAUAAAAAUGGAUAUAGAACG